AUGGGAGGCCACCUGGGCUUUCUGUUUGGGGUGACGCUUGCAGCCGGCCCUGUGCUUGCAAUUCCUUCCUGCGCCUCUGACAGUCAGAGGGCCUUGUAUCGCUCCUGCAACCUCACCCAGGUGCCCCCGGUCCCCAGCACCACCCAGACCCUCCUGCUGAGCUUCAACUACAUCUGGACUGUCACAACCACAUUUCCCUUCCUGGAGCGGCUGCAGCUGCUGGAGCUUGGGACUCAGUUUACCCCCUUCACCAUUGGCAGAGAACCUUUCAGAAACGGGCCCAACCUGAGGGUCUUGGACCUGGGCAAGAGUCAGGUAGAUUUCCUGCAUCCUGAUGCUUUUCAGGGGCUGCCCCACCUGCUUGAACUUAGACUCUUCCACUGUGGUCUGCCUGAUAAUAUAUUAAAAGAUGGUUAUUUCAGAAACUUAGAGUCUUUGUCUCACCUGGACCGGUCCAAGAAUCAGAUUCAUGGCCUUAACCUUCAUCCUUCAUUCUGGGAAUUGAAUUCCCUGAAGUCCACUGAUUUUUCCCUCAACCAGAUCCCCACUGUGUGUUCACAUGAGCUCCAGCUGCUGCAAGGGAAAACGCCCCUGUUAAACCUCACUGCCAGUCAUCCAUACAGCAGGGUCUCCGUGGACUGGGGCGCAUGCAUGAACCCGCUCACAAACACGGCCCUAGAAACCCUGGACGUUUCUGACAACAGCUGGACAGCGGACGUCAUGGGCCAGAUCUCCCUGGUUCUGGCCCACCACAUUAUGGGGUCCGGGUUUGGCUUCCCGAACAUCAGGGACCCCGACCGGAGUGCGGCGCUGCGGCUGGAUCUGUCCCAUGGCUUCAUCUUCUCCCUGAACUUCCGACUCAUUGAGGCCCUCAAGGACUUGAAGCUCCUGAACCUGGCCCACAACAAGAUAAACAGGAUUGCAAGAGAAGCAUUUUAUGGCCUCGACAGCCUCCAGGUUCUCAACAUGUCAUAUAACCUCCUGGGGGAGCUUUAUAAUUCUGAUUUCUAUGGACUCCCUCAGGUAGCCUAUAUUGAUCUUCAAAACAAUCACAUUGGGAUCAUUCAGGACCAGACCUUCAGAUUCCUGAAAACAUUAUGUACCUUGGAUCUCCGGGACAAUGCUCUUAAAACAAUUCCUUUUCUGCCAAGCCUAGACACUAUAUUCUUGGGUAGCAAUAAACUGGCAGCCUUGCCGAGCAUUAGACUUAAAGCCAAGUUCAUCCACUUGGCAGAGAACAGGCUAGAAGAUCUGGAUGAUCUCUAUUUCCUCCUCCACGUCCCUGACCUCUACGUCCUCAUUCUGAAUCAAAACCGCUUUUCCUCUUGCAGCCGAGCUCAUGGCCCAACAGGGAGCCUCAGCUUAGAAAAGCUUCUCCUUGGAGCAAACAUGUUGCAGCUUGCCUGGGAAACCGGCUUCUGCUGGGAUGUGUUCAAGGGGCUCUCGCGGCUCCAGAUCCUGUAUCUGAACAACUACUUGGCCUUCCUCCCGCCCGGGGCACUUCGUGACCUGACUGCGCUGAGGGGCCUCGACCUCAACUCCAACAGGCUGAUUCAGGCUCUUGCUCCUGGCGACUUGCCUGCUAACCUGGAGGUGCUGGACAUGUCCAGAGACCAGCUCCUGUCCCUGGACCCCAACUUGCUGGCGUCCCUCAGAGCCGUGGACAUAACGCACAACAAGUUCAUCUGUGAGUGUGACCUCCAUCCUCUCAUUACUUGGCUCAACCAGACCAACGUCACUGUAUUUGGGUCUCGUGCAGAUAUCUACUACACGUACCCCAAUGCGCUCGCAGGGACGCCUCUCUCCUCUGUUUCCAUGGAGGGCUGCGAUGAAGAGGAGGUCUUGAAGGCCCUAAAGUUGUCCCUUUUCAUCUUCUGCACGGUCACUCUGACUCUGUUCCUCAUGACCAUGCUCGUGGUCACCAAGCUCCGGGGGCUUUGUUUCACGUGUUACAGGGCUGCCCAGAGACUGCUGCCCAUGGUCCACGCUGAGUGCCGCGAGUCCAACACGUACAAAUACAAGGCCUACCUCUGCUUCAGCGGCAGAGAUGAGUGGGUGCAGAGGGCUCUGCUCAGACACCUGGAUGCCAGAUUCAACCUGUGCUUUGAAGACAGAGACUUUGUCCCAGGGUGGGAGCACAUCGCCAACAUCAAGGACACCGUGUGGGGCAGCAGGAAGGUGGUCUGCCUCGUGAGCAGACACUUCCUCCAAGACGGGUGGUGCCUGGAAGCCUUCAUUUACGCCCAGAGCAGGUGCGUGUCUGACCUGGACAGCGCCCUCAUCCUGGUGAUCGUCGGGUCCCUGUCCCAGGACCAGCUGAUGAAGCAUCAGUGCAUCAGAGGGUUCGUGUGGAAACGGCAGUACUUGAGGUGGCCCGAGGAUCUCCAGGACAUUGGCUGGUUCCUUCACACACUCAACAUUCUGAAGAGAGAGAAGGACGCCAACACGGACAGUAGCAUCCAGCUGCAAACUGUGGCGACAGUCUCCUAG